AUGUCUAACAUCAAGACCAUCAGCAUACCCAACAUUGCCUGGGAGACUGCUGCGGACAUUUACUUUCCCCCGGGCUUUGUCGAGUCCAAAAAGUAUCCCCUCGUUCUGUCUGGACACCCCAUCGGAGCGUGCAAGGAGCAGACUUCUGGAAAUGUGUACGGCAAGGCCAUGGCCGAGGCCGGCUUUGUCGUCAUCGCCUUUGACGCCUCUUUUCAGGGUGCAUCUGGCGGACAGCCGCGCUUCGUCGAAAACCCCGAGUUUCGGGUCGCCGACUUCCGUGUUGUCGUCGACUAUGCCCAGACUUUGCCGUACGUCGACUCUGAGCGCAUCGGGGUGCUGGGCAUCUGUGGUGGCGGCGGCUACGCACUCAACGCCGGCAUGACCGACUACCGCCUCAAGUGCUCGGUCGGCAUCACCCCCGUCAACUUUGGGCGUCUGACCCGGGAGGCUUUUGCCCAGUUUAACCCCGUGGGCGCCUUGGAGGCUAUUGCUAAGCAGCGCACAGCUGAGGCGCAGGGCGCGGAGCGCAACAUUUCGCAGUACCUGCCACCUACCGUUGACGAGGCAAAGAAGAUUACGACUGAUCCUGACGUGGUCGAGGCGACUGAAUACUACAUGACGGAGCGCGGACGCGCUCCCAACGGCCGCGCGAGCGGGCUUCUCUCGUACAAUAGCUCGGCGCUGGCAUGGGAUGCCUUUAACCACGCCGAGGUGCUCAUGACCCGGCCGUUCAUGGUGGUGGUGGGUGACAUUCCCGGUAGCUUUGGCGCUUAUCGCGAUGCAUUGGAGGUACAUGGACGCGCAGGAUCCAAGGAGAAAGAGUUGGUGGUGCUGCCGGGGGUAUCGCAUUACAGCCUGUAUGACAAGCCUGAAUCAGUCAAGCCGGCGUUGGAACAUGUGCUUCCAUUUUUGAAGAAGCACCUCGGCGAGGCCGCUUGA